UGUCUUUAGGUCUCGGGACAUCAAAGCCAAAAUGUUUUUGAUAUCUCGGGUUUAGACUGAAAUGAUUCACUUCAUCGUUGAACUUCGGCGUGUGAACACCUGCUUUUCAGCGCUCCAAAAACAAAGAUUUUAAAAGAACAAAUCCGUUUCUGAUUAUCAUUUAUGGACAUUAACGAAAAACUCGAGUGUAUCAUGGAGGGGAUGGAUUGUGAAGCAUCCAUUCUUACGGAUGCUGUACCUGACCAGUUGAGGGAAACACCAAAUCCUCCACCUCCAGCUUCUGUCCCUGCUGGCACACCCGCCGCACCCCAGCCAGCAGCACCAACCACCCUAACCCCAAUGACUGCUCCCCCCACCUUGAUGCCAGCUUACCUGUACAGUCAGCCAGGGACAGGUAGCCAGGGACAGAUGCAGAACCUGCGUCCUGCUGGAGUACUAAAGAGGAAGCGUCAUGAGCAGCAGGAUGAGGAUCGGCCGUACAUCAAGAAGCCGCCAAAUGCCUUCAUGCUCUUUUUGAAGGAGCAGAGGGCAAAGGUGAAGGCGGAAUUAAAUAUAAAUAGGAAUGAGGCUGUGAAUGCAGCCGUAGGAGAGAGGUGGAAGUCGCUCUCAGAGGAUCAACAGGCCAAAUAUUAUAAGCAGGCUGAGGAGGAAAGAAUGCUCCAUGCACAACAGCAUCCAGAGUGGUCUCCUAAAGACAACUACGGCAAAAAGAAGAGAGUUCAGCGUUCCACCUGCAGCACAGCAUCUGCAUCCAAACCUGUAAAGGAAGCUCAAGAGGCCAAGUGGACAAGUUUCAAUGUCCCUGUGUGUGGCACGUUCCAGUUGCCUCAAGUAAAUCAGGUCCUCCCUGCUUCUGAUGCAAACUCCCAUGCAUCCACAUCAUUGGCUUCCUACGCUGGACCAAGUCAACCCCAGACAGAAGCAAUCUUCUCUGACGACACUGGAGAGGAUCUACUAUCAAUACCUGAACACCGUGAUCCCCUCCUUCCUGCGCCACAGCCGCUGGAGCCCGUCUGUCAUUACUCAGACCCCCACACUGGGCCUCAAGGGGAUCAGAUCAGCCCUGAUUCCCCUCCAUCCACUGAUGUGGUAAGAAACGCAGAAACCUGUUGUAUCAGAGGCCUGUAA